GUGACACUCGUAAUAAGCAUAACAGCGUACGUCGCCAUUUAUAUUUAAUAACUUAAUUAUUUUAAAUAUUCCUUUCAGUGAGACAUUUAUCUGACACCGAUUUGAGCCACUGUUGCACAUUUCUAUAAUCAACUUUACAGAGCAAUUGGUAUUUGCUCUCUGUUACACUAUAAAAACAUGGCGAGCCAUGAAUCUCUUCUUCCCCUUAGACUCAUCACUAUCAUUGGCUCUCUUAAUGCAGACAUAACAACCUAUACUUCGAGGAUACCUAGCGGCGGCGAAACACUUCAUGCCAGAUCAGUCAAGACUGGCGCAGGAGGAAAGGGCGGUAACCAAGCAGCGGCAUGUGCAAAGCUGUCGAGAACAAGGAAUGAUGUAAACAAUGGCUCAGCAGACAUCCGCAUGAUUGGCGCAGUAGGAAACGACCAGCAUGGGCAGCUUCUACUAAACAACCUGCGCGCUAGCGGCGUCGAUAUAUCCGGCAUCACGAUACAAACCGAAAUUGAAACGGGAGUGGCAAUUAUUCUUGUCGAAGAAUCAACAGGCGAGAAUCGAAUUCUUCUUAACGGUGGAGCAAACUACUCUCUCUCACCAUCACUAUUUGUCACGAUCCCCAAUCCAAAACCAUCGCUAUUAAUUCUCCAACUCGAGAUACCGCUUCAGACAACACUGCAGAUCCUGAAGGCAGCACGUGAAGCAGGCAUUGAGAUCCUACUCAACCCCGCCCCCGCAAUCGAGCUUCCAGCAGAGGCAUACGCCAAUUUACGGCACUUGAUCCUGAAUGAGACAGAGGCAUCAAUCUUAUCAGGUUACAGCGUUGAGCAGAUCAAAAACGAUAGUCUUUUGCCGAUAGCUGCACGAGUUUUUCACUCCAGAGGCGUACACAACGUAGUGAUCACGCUAGGAAGCCAAGGGGUAUUCUACUCCCAGGACGCAGGCCUCUCCGGAUUUGUCAAAGCAAAGAAAGUCGAGGUCGUGGACACGACUGCGGCGGGAGAUACGUUUGUUGGAGCGUAUGCGCUGGAGGCAGUGAAGGUGGAUUUCGACAUCGAUGUUGCAGUGCGAAAGGCAAAUGCCGCCGCUGCAAAAACAGUUGGCAAGAGAGGGGCGCAGGUGGCAAUCCCUUGGGCAGAUGAAGUUGGCCCCAUAUGAGAGUUGUACUGGAAAUAUAGAGCUUGAUAAAGUACAAACAACACUGCUAGUUGUACAGGUGUGUUGUACUGGUGUCUCUUCCAUUUCUAAUACUUCUGGUAUUGUGUCAUCGUAAAACACACAAGCUAUUUAAACAAUAGCAAAGCACGAAUCGAAUAUCUCGUGCAUGACAGUUCGCACAUCGAUCCUCUGCCUCUGUGCGUCUUGCCUCGCCUGUACCUCAUUAAGCACCUGAGCUGUGAUAUUCGCAUUCGUGGCCACCGUCUCCAUCGUUUUUAUUUGCGUUGUAAUCCAUAAUCUCUCCUCCGGGUCGUCUUCUUCGCAGCCCCACAUGAGCAAAGGCCAUAGCAUAUUAACAGGAAGCAUAUCCCGGGAAGGAUCCUGUGCUACAGGUUGUAGCUGGACCAUGUCAUGCGCUGUAUUUCGAAUAUUGGCGAUGGAUUUUAAUGUUUGUGGAGAUAGCGGAAGGUGUUUAUAUGCCACACGGUGGAGGUGAAUAUGAGACGCAUGGUAGUUAGCAAAGAAUGUCCGAAAUGUUCGUGUCAAGGUGUAGGCCAAGCUUGCUGAGACGUGUGGUGC